CUCCUACUUGUAAGAUCUCCAGAACGAAAGGUGGAUAGCAAUGAUGUAGGUGUUGACUUGGAUCAUGUGUGGUUUCUGGUGCUCGCACUUUCCAAAGGGAUUCCCGCACUUGUGCUGUCCUCAGUCAUACUGAAACUAAUCCUAUUUGACAGUGUCGGCCGAAAGUCUAUUCUUGACCUCGCCUCCCCGAGACAAAGACGAAACGUCUCCUGUGACAUUCUCGUUAUAGAUGAGAGAUCAUGUUAGUAUUACUCAUCUGUGGGCUUUACGGUCUAAUGGGCGAGGCAUCGGUCCAUCACAGGGGAAAAUACUGAUACCCUGACUGCUUGUCAAUCUCAUUGUCACACAGAUCUCUCCCAUUAGCAUUUAAAAGCGCAUCUAUUUUUUGGUAGCGAAAGACUCGGUUCCAAUGAUAAUGGACGAUGCCAGCAAACGCAUCAGCUCGCCCUCGUAUACAACUCAUGUUCCACAGGAGCCUGAGCAAGAGUUGAUACUCAUUAAAUUCGACGAAGGGGACCCACGCGAUCCACAAAACUUUUCUUAUGCGCGGAAGUGGGCCAUCACGCUGACAUGUUGUGUGUUCUCUGGAAUUACGGCGGCGGCAGCGUCAUCUUAUUCGAUCAGUUAUGAGUCGAUGAUGCAUGACCUAAAUUGUACUCAACUCCAGGCGACUGUUGGACUGAGCUUGUAUGUAAUAGGUUUUGGAUUUGAGGAGACCGGAAGACGGCCCCUUUACAUUGUGUCGUCCGUAUUAUUUAUGCUCGCUGAAGUCAUGAAUGCAUUGGCACCAAAUAUACAAACUGUGAUCGUGUCACGUAUGCUACAAGGAGUCUUUGGCUCAACUGGUGCCUCCUUAGUAGGAGGCUGUAUCGCUGAUAUAUGGCAGCCACAUGAACGUGGAUUGCCGAUGUCUUUGUUUGCAUUCUCGUCGCUAUUCUCUUUUGGCCUCGGGUCAGUGUUUGGGGGGCUCAUAGCUGCCAAUCCACACCUUGGUUGGCGGUGGGUGCAAUGGGUGCAUGCUAUCAUCUCUGGGGUAUAUGUUCUUGAUGUCAUCCUGGUGAUGAGCGAAACCCGUUCAUCCAUUGUUCUAACCCGCAUCGCGAAGGACACACGAAAGAUGACCGGUGACCCCAGGUAUCGGUCCAGCGCCGAAAUUAACAAACCAAGCAUGUUAUCUCUCAUUAAGACGUCAUGUACACGGCCCUUGUAUCUACUCUUGACAGAACCUAUUGUGCAAAGCUUUAGUAUCUGGCUUGGCUUCACUUGGGGGGUCGUGUACUGUUUGAUCGAAUCCGUCAGCACGGAGUUCCAGUCUGUCUACAACUUCAACGUCAGCGAAACAGGAUUUGUAUUCCUUUGCCUGAGGAAAGAUACCUUGUACAAAAAAUACUUUCCGACUAAGGGCCAAGAAGCACGACUAUAUAUGGCGUGUAUCGCUGCUAUUGUCCUGCCCGUCUCAAUGUUUAUCUAUGGAUGGACGGCAUCACCUCACAUUCCUUGGAUAGUGCCUCUGAUUGGAUUAACUACAUUUAUGGCUGGCGUCUUUGUAAUAUUUCAAGUUGCAUUUUUGUAUCUUGCAGACUGCUAUGGCCCAUAUGCCUCCUCGGCCCAAGCAGGACAGAGCUUGGCUCGAAAUACUAUGGGAAUGGUCUUCCCGCUCUUCACGCAGCAGAUGUUCGCUGGUAUGACAUAUAAGUGGGGACUGACACUCUGGGCGCUACUAUCGCUGGUGAUGGCGCCAAUUCCGUGGGUCCUUGUCUUCUUUGGUUCAAAGAUCCGCUCGCAUAGUAAAGUCUCUCGCAAAAUUCUCGAAGCUGAGGAACAACAAUUGGACGGCGAGAAAACUGUUGUUCCCAGCCCCACUGAGGAAAGAAGUAUGCAAGUGUAA